UUAAGCUCAAUUAAUACAGGUUUGAUGCAGCUGUUUCCAUUGAGAUGGAACCAUUCCAUCUUAUAUUCAUUACACUUGAAGUUUGAUCUCUCUUCUUGUAUUUAGCAUCUAGGAAAAAAAAUCCAUCACCAUGAUGGAUAUCAUCAUAAUGUUAUGAUAUCCCAAACUUUUUGUAUUAUUAGAAUGGAUGAAAUGACUCAUUUAAAUGCUAAGAGCUAAGAAAAUCAUUUUAUAUAUGCCAAUGAAUUUUAGCUCAAAUAGCAUUUCCUCCCCUCCUUAAAAAUGUGUAGAGUGUGAGAUCGUGAGUUCAAAGCCCACUAGGUGCAGUGUCUAACUAACUUACCAAUAAAAGAAAAAAAAUCAUUUUAGAUGUAUUGACAAUUAAGAUCACACUAUCUCAUUUCAGUGGGGCUUCAAAACCUGCCAUUAUUAGUAAUACAUACCUAAUCUAAAAUUGUUUUGGCAGUCAAUUUUAUUGGUGGAAUUGUUUUUAUUGGCGGAAUAGCAACGAUAUCAGUUGUACAAAGUGCAAUUCUACAGUGUUGGAUCAAAGUCUAAUUAUGGGAUUGCUACUAAAUCCUACACCAUGGAGAUGGAUAAUUAACUAAUUUGUACAUGCAUUGAUUGGGGUGAAAAAGAGACAUUGAAUUUAGUUCCCAGUUUCAGGGGUCUCCAUUUUUAGCCUUCAUGUACACAAACACAAGUAAAAAGAUUUGUGGACCACAUUCUAGAUCAUGCAUGUAUUUUAUCUUAUUUAAUUUUAUGUUUUAUUUUGUUUCUCUUUUGAGGUUCAUCAAUUAGGUUGUUCCAAAUUUUUUUUUUUUUUUUUUGACCACCUGAAUGACGUGGUGCUGGGUGUAUAAACAGCGAUAAUUUUCAUGUUUUGUUUGUUGACAUUAGAUUGACAAUACAUUGAAAUGGAGUGAGUACCAAAUGGAUGUUGCAUGGACCGGAAACCCAACUUUCAUUGGUAAUAAAUGUGAAGUGCUUUUCAUCAGAUUGGAAAAGAGAUGAGGAUUGAUGGUCCCGAUUCAUCUUUAAUUAGUUUCUUAAUGCAGAUGCUAACCUUAAUCCAAAAUGGAGAACAGUAAAAAUAUGAAUGCCAAUACCGGAACACAAGAAAGCUUUAUGAUGAAGCCUCCUGAACAAAGACACCGCACUAAGGGCCGUCUUGACAUUGUGACUCGUCGGCUGAAGAACCGCGAACGACAACGUAGGUACAGGGCGCGAAAGCGGCUUGAAGCAGAAAUCAAGAAGUCUUGUGUUACAAAUGAGUCAACUCUACCGCAAGUAGAACUGCAACAAAAUGGAAUACAUAGCCUUUGUGUGACCCGUGUGCAUUGUAAACGAGAUUGGAAAAAGGAUGCAAGAAGGGCUCACACUCCUAAGGAUCAAGAAGUCACACCUAAUGGUACUGUAAUGUUAACUAGUGAAAGUCAGGCGUCAUGCUUGCCCUCUGGAAUCAAGGCAGAACCACAAUUGGAAAGAGAAUGUCAUCCUGAGAUAUCUCAUAGCCUGGUCAAUUCUGAAACACAUAGAACUAUAGUUGGUCGAAGAGACUGGAAAGCAGAUGCAAGAAAGAAAAAAUGCUAGUGUGUUUACCAACUUGUAGCGUGCAAUGAACAUCUUACAGAUAGGCUGUCAUAGAGUGUCAGAUAACUCCUGACUUUGUUGCUUUGGAUGUUUCUGAAGUUGUUGUGUCUCAAAAACCAUGUGAUGUGCUAACUCAAGUUGUUGUGUUGUCUAGGAAAUUUUUUCUUGUUUUUUUCUGUCACCUUUUACAACCUUUGCUGUUGCAGAUGAAGAAAGGCACUCAAUAUGCCUAGAAGAAUUGCCAUUACAUUACUGCCAGAUUUCGUAGACAGAAGGAUGACAAUGCCAAACGACAAUCUGAGGCAUGAAUCCUGCUUUAUUUAGAAAGGCCAGUAUCAAUGGUCAAGAAUGAUUAUAAUGUAUGAUGUUAAUGUGAGAACAUUAACAAAUAAAUAUAUGGAAAUUGUUUCAUAUUUCAUAAUCAAAAGGCUAAUUGAAUUGCCUUCCCUGUUGAAUGCAAUUCAUGUUUCUUGUGCA